AUCCGCCUGCGCAGUUCAAUGGAACUGGCUUUUAAAAAGGACCCAACAAAUCGCCUUUCAGGUAGGAAGGAGCAAUCCUUAACACAAGCAAAGCCUGCAUAUCUGGUCGUAAGCUUUAGUCGAACGUACGUUACGAGAAAGUUCAGUUUAAAUGCACGCGUCGGAAAUGCUACACGUGUUUGUACAAAGUGUGAAAGUUAUAACAAAGAGAGCAGCAUCUCCUCGAACACAAUCAACCACAAUCAAACACAAAUAAAGCCUGCAGAUCUCGAAUUAUAAGAUCCAGACGAACAUUAAGAGAAAGUUCAGUUUAAAUGCACACGCCGAACGCUGCACGUGUUUAUACAGAGAGUUUAUACAGAGUACGAAAAUUUUGGAAAUAUUGCUAAAUACAAUACUUCAGUUUCUACAUAAUCCAAGAGACUCAUUUGCUGAUUUAUCAUCAACAAUGUCAACAACGAAACCAAUAUUGUACAGAGUCGAGACAUACAUCGUACCCGAAGUAAACAAGAAAAAAGAAUUCUCGCUACAAACUGCAAUCAAUGAGAUCAACAAUCUUAAGAUUGCGAACCAAUUAAAUGAGCGAGAAGAUGAAGAUAUAUCAGAAAAUAAUACUGAAAACAGAAAGAAUACAUCGCCUGCUUCAAAUAGUAAAUGCAUGGAAUCUAGAAGAUAUCUUAUGAAUGACAACAAAUUAAUUAAGAGAAAAAUGAUAAAAGAUAUUAAGAACAAUGAGUCUUUAUCUAACGAGCAAUUCAAUAACAAUAACGUUAAAUAUAAUGACAAGGAUUUUGACGAGCACCUGAAUGUACAAAGAGAGUUUCAAUCGUCAAUCGAAUCGCAGGAUACAUUUUAUCCUGUAAAACAAUUUAAGAAGUUCAAUAGUUUGAUGUCCAUCGACGAAAGAAGCGAAAAUUUCUUGGAAUGUAAAAUGAACGAUUUUUGUCAUCACGGUUUCAAGAAUGGUUGCAGCGCGACAAUUCCUUCGCCCGAGGAGGUCAGCGAUGAGAUUUUUAAAGAAAAUUGGUUACACAAGAUGGAGAUCUUGCGACAGCAUGAUGUUGCCCUGAAGGAGAGGGAAAUAAAUCUGCAAAAAAAAGAGAGGGAAUUGUUCAAAAAAGAAAAAGAACUCAGAAUCAAAGAGAGAACUCUCAAUGAAAAAUUAAAACUAGUAGAUCAACAGUUAAAAUAUCAAAAAGACAUACAACUCGUAGAGAGGAGGCUGGGAGAAGUAGCACAAACUUUAUCCCAUAAAAUCAUGGAAUCUGAUGUUAAAAUGGAGAAAUCGAGAGAUUGUCAACCUGUGGAAAAAACUUCAACAUUGCAACGAUCAACUUCGACACCUGAAAAAAUCAUUGAGCCAAGUGAGAAAAACGAAGAAGAUAAAAAAAUAAAACAUUUAACACAUCCAAAGAACUAUCCAUUGAAACAAUCCUAUUCGUCGAACCCAAUUUCCAGGACUCAUUCAUACGCUAGUAUGAAAUACAAAGAACAAUUCCCUCGCAAUAAAAUACGCUAUGAUGAUUUAAACUCGACGUUGUCGGCGGAUAAUGGAGAUUCAUCCUUCGUACGAACGUCGGAGCGAUUUAAUCCGUUACUUUAUAAGAAACCAUACGCGUUUACGAGAUCGGCAAGCGAGCGGAGGACAAGUAAGACGAGUAAUGCAGUUGUUACAAAGUCGCAAGAAGUAGCCAAUGUUGAGAAGAAGUUUGAACCUAUUGUCGAAGAAGGCAGAGUUUUCCAAAAAUUCAGCGAAAAUAUAUACGCCUCGCAGGACAAGAACACGAAAUUUCAAAAUUAUGGACUUGUAGAUUGUAAAUUGGAUGACAUUCAGCAAAACAACGCGAAGCAUAAUGGCAAUGAAAAAAAAUUGUUUUCGUACCUCGAUCUGGCAACCAGUGAUAAAUGCGGUCGUCAGAAUCAGACUGAUCCCAAAGACAGACCAAUCUCUUGGAACGAGAAAACAGAUGAAUGGCUACAAAAGAAACGCCAAGCAUAUAAUUUGGCGGUGAAAAACUCGGCUGAGAUUAAGGAGAACCUUAAGUAUAAUAUUGUCAUGGAAAAAGGUAAAAAAAGUUCAAAAAAAAAUACAAAAAACAAAUUAUUUACUAUAUUUCGAUAGCACACUUAUGAUACUAGUAUUAAUAUAGCAUAAAAGAAUUUAUCUACUCUAGAACCAAACCAGUCAAAAACUCUGUAGUUCUCUGUUACUCAUUUUAAAGUCAAUGAUCUCUAGAAACUUGUAAUAUACUAUUCUAAUUUAAUAUUGUAAUAUAGUAUUCUAAUUUAAUAUUGUAAUUUUAAAUUUGUAUAUAGUUAGUCAUAAAUGCAACAUAUAUAUCAAGUUUUCAAUAAAAUAAUUCUGUAUUUGCAAUCCAUUUAUAUGCAAUCAUCUGCAUAAUCAUAAAGUGUCAUAUUGUUCAUAUUUUUAUCAAAUAAUAUUAUAUACUGUUACCAAACCGAAAGAAAA